UUACACUAUAUACAAUAAUUGUUUAACAAUUAAUUCAUUCAAGUGGACCAGUGUUUGAAAAAAUUAUUAAGUAAAAAAAAAAAGUAAAUUUAUCACAUCAUCAUCGUCAGAAUGCCAAUGCUAACAUACAACACAAGUAUGGAUGAUAGAUCACCAGCAACAUCACUUGUCUUUGGUGACAAUGACAUGAUAGUCAAUGAAGAUUCAUCAGGUGAUUCAUCAGAGGCAAUGAGAGACACUGAAGAAGAAACAAUGUUCUCUGAUGAAUUUUAUUCACACGACACUGAUGACGAAGAUGAUAUUAAUAAAAAAAAUCAUAAUUCAAAUCAAUCUAUGGAUAAUGAAUCAUCAUCAUCAUCAUCAUCAUUAUUAUUAUUGUGUACAUCUGGUACAACAAUGAUGACAUCAACAACAACAUCAUCAACGACAUCAUCAACGACAACAAUUCAACAUGAUGGUGUACGUAAAUUAUUUACAAAUAGCCGAGAACGUUGGCGACAACAAAAUGUUAGUGGAGCUUUUUCUGAAUUACGUAAACUUGUUCCUACACAUCCACCAGAAAAAAAACUUUCAAAAAAUGAAAUACUUCGUAUGGCAAUUAGAUACAUUAGACUAUUGACAAAUGUCUUGGAAUGGCAAAAAGCACAAGAAUGCACAAAUUUACGAAUAAAAUGUGAGCCAAGCUUUAUUCAAUAUUCACCAAAAUCACCAUCAAAUUUAAUGAUAUUUAAAAAAGAAGAAAAAAAUACAAAAGACAAAAUUGAUACAACCAAUAAAAAUACAAAUAAUAAUAAUAAAAUAAUAAAUAAUUAUCAUUUGCCUUGUGAUGUGAAAAAUGGUAAUGAGCUUCUUAUGAUUGCAUCUGGAUUAUCGUCAUCAAAACAUAAAUCAUCAGUAGCAUCAGCCGCCACUGGUAGAUGUUCAAAUUUACGUAAAAUACGACAAAUUAUUACCAACAACAACAACAGUAAUAAUUUAAAUAACAAUUUAAGCUAUUUUAAAAAAAAUAACGCUAAAUUAGAUGAUGAAAAUGAAAGUUUGUGUGGAAAUAUAAGCAAAUCGUCCGUGAAAAAAAGAAUUAAAAUCAUGAAUCAUGAAUCUAAAAAAUUGGAUUAAAUUUUAUCAACUUUUUUUUUUCAAGUGAAAUAGUUAUUUUAUGCGUUUCAUCAGUUGUUGUUGUUAUUAUUGAAUUAUUUCGAGUUGAAGCUCAUUGAAUAUAUAGUGCAAUAUAUAUAUAGCUAAAUUCAAAUACAAUACAAUACAUUUAAGGUAUGUUUUUUUUUUUUUUUUCUUUUAUAAUUGCAAAAGCAUGAACUAUAAUUAUAAUUAAAAUUUAAAUAAUCAAAUAUGAAAUUUUGAAAAUAUAAUUGGUGUAUAUCAUUUUUUAACAAAAAUUAAACCAAGUGUCUUUUUGCCUUAAUAUUAUAUUCAUAAUGUGAUGACCCUACCCUAUAUAUAUAUUAUUGCUAUUAUUUUUCACUCAACUAUUGUCAAGUGGCCCUCGAUGAUCUCUCAUAGUAUUUUGACACGUAUACGCACUAGCAGUAGGAACAGCAUAAAAAAAAAGGGAGGCUACUUGAAAUAUUCAAUAUAAAUAUUUAGGGGUGUCAUCCCUAAUUUAAAAAUCAAAAUGUUAUCAUGACACAAUGUGCUCAUUCAAGCAUAAUUACCAGCUAAUCUGCGUGGGAUAAGUUGUGAUCGUCACCAACUCAACUCUAAUUUUUUUUUUUUUUUAUCGCGCAUACCACAAAAUAAUUUUUAUUUAUUUUUUUUCAAGUAACUGUCUAACUGUCUGUCUGUCUGACUGUCUAACUGAUUGACAGCUUUAAUCAUUAUAUAUAUUAUCACGACUAAGAUAACAUUAAAUAUAUAUAUAAAUAUAUAAAUAUACAAGUAUACAUGUAUAUAUGAUUCGAGUGAUAAAAAAAAAAAAAAAAAGUAAAAAGAAAAUUGCGUAUGCUGCAGUAUAUAAAAUAUAUAAAAUAUAUAAAAAAAUUUAGAGUAAAUUCAAUAAAUAAAAAUAAUAAUGGAGUGUGAUAUCAAU